AGAUCCUGAAACUUGUUUUUAGGGGAGAACACAGGGGAAAGGGGUUGCUGACCCCAGGAUACUUAGGGUCCCUGGGAGACUCCCUUCCGUCUGUCCCCGGUUUGGCACAGGGGCCACCGAGGCUGGGACCAAAGCCGCGCAGGGCCGGGAGUUGCAGAGCCCGCCGGCCGGGCGUGGAUGGCGCGCAAAAUCCCGUUUGGGGUGGAGGAGCUUGGGUCAGAAUAAUUUGCAGGACUAGGGAGGUGCUUAACCUCUUUGGGGCGGCUCCCGGUUGUGCUGUCACCGGCCCUGGGCCCUCGCGGCCCCUAGCCGGGGGUGCAGAAGUCACGGGCCCGAAGCAGCAAGAGCUGGGGAAGUCCGGCCGCGGCCAGCGGGGAGGAGGAGCGAAGGGGUUGCGCCCCCGCGUCAGGGAGACGCGACCCGGGAAAGGGCUGCAAGGGCGACUUCUGUGGGACCCGGACGUUCUAAGCAAAUUUCUAGCGUCGGCGCGGGGCUCUCAGCGCUCUCGGGGGCCCUGAGCUGUGGUUCGGAAGCGACCUCCGCGGGGCGGGGCCUCCCGCCCCUCCUGCCGGCGGCCUCCGGCAGGCCCCGUUCCUCCCCGCUAACGCAGCCGAGGUGCCCGCGAUGCGGGCUCCGCCGAUUGGCUGCGCGACGCGUCGCUCGGGCCGGCCCCGCCCCGCCCCGCGGGCCCCGGGGGUAGUAACCCCGCGCGGGCGGCCAGGGCCCCGCCACUUGAUUCUGGAGGAUUUGUUCUGGGGCUGCGGCCGCGGAGUUGCGGCGGCCGCGGGCAGGCUUCGGGGUGGGAGGCGGUGGCGGCGGCGCAGCUCCAGGCGGGCCCCGCUGCGGCCCAGACAGCCGGGACCGCCGCGAGAGGCGGCCGCACGCGGGGCGGCGCGCCGGGGAUGCGGGACUAGCGGGCGGGCUGCCGGCGGCCGUCGGGGCGGCAAGGGCUUGCAGCGGGCAGGUCCCGGCGGGUCUUGGCCGGGCGCCGCCCCCUGCACCCUGAGGCCCCGGGCCCCGCCGCUUCUGCUUUCCCGCUUCUCGCGGCAGCGGCGGCCGAGGAGGCGCCCGCGCCGGCCGCCCGCCCGGCGCCCUGACGGCCGCUGUUAUGCGUAUUCCUGUAGACCCGAGCACCAGCCGCCGCUUCACACCUCCCUCCACGGCCUUCCCCUGCGGCGGCGGCGGCGGCGGCGGCAAGAUGGGCGAGAACAGCGGCGCGCUGAGCGCGCAGGCGGCCGUGGUGCCCGGUGGGCGCGCCCGUCCGGAGGUGCGCUCGAUGGUGGACGUGCUGGCGGACCACCCGGGCGAGCUCGUGCGCACCGACAGCCCCAACUUCCUCUGCUCCGUGCUGCCCUCGCACUGGCGCUGCAACAAGACGCUGCCCGUCGCCUUCAAGGUGGUGGCACUGGGGGAUGUGCCGGAUGGCACGGUGGUGACCGUGAUGGCAGGCAAUGAUGAGAACUACUCUGCGGAGCUACGCAACGCCUCGGCCGUCAUGAAGAACCAGGUGGCCAGGUUCAACGACCUUCGCUUUGUGGGACGCAGUGGGCGAGGGAAGAGUUUCACUCUGACUAUCACUGUGUUCACCAACCCCACCCAAGUGGCCACCUACCACCGAGCCAUCAAGGUGACCGUGGACGGACCCCGGGAGCCCAGACGGCACCGGCAGAAGCUGGAGGACCAGACCAAGGCAUUCCCCGACCGCUUUGGGGACCUGGAACGGCUGCGCAUGCGGGUGACACCGAGCACGCCCAGCCCCCGAGGCUCACUCAGCACCACAAGCCACUUCAGCAGCCAGCCCCAGACCCCUAUCCAAGGCACCUCGGAACUGAACCCAUUCUCCGACCCCCGCCAGUUUGACCGCUCCUUCCCGACACUGCCAGCCCUCACGGAGAGCCGCUUCCCGGACCCCAGGAUGCAUUACCCCGGGGCCAUGUCGGCUGCCUUUCCCUACAGCGCCACGCCCUCAGGCACGAGCAUCAGCAGCCUCAGCGUGGCAGGCAUGCCGGCCACCAGCCGCUUCCACCACACCUACCUCCCGCCACCCUACCCGGGGGCCCCGCAAAACCAGAGCGGGCCCUUCCAGGCCAACCCGUCCCCCUACCACCUGUACUACGGCACAUCCUCCGGCUCCUACCAGUUCUCCAUGGUGGCCGGCAGCAGCAGCGGGGGCGACCGCUCGCCCACCCGCAUGCUGGCCUCCUGCACCAGCAGCGCUGCCUCUGUCGCCACCGGCAACCUCAUGAACCCCAGCCUGGGCGGCCAGAGUGACAGCGUGGAGGCCGACGGCAGCCACAGCAACUCGCCCACGGCCCUGAGCACGCCGGGCCGCAUGGAUGAGGCCGUGUGGCGGCCCUACUGACCGCCCCAGUGGACUCCUCCCGAGGGAGGUGGGGACCCUAGCAACCUUCGAGACCAGUGACGGGCCAGCUCCGAGGCUCCGGGCAGGAAUGGGACUUGCACUCUAGCGUGGUCUCGGUCCCAGGGUGGUUCCAGCUGGUGGGUGUGUCUGACUGCACCUGUCCAGCACAUCCUUGUACAGAGGUGUGGGGAACAGCCCCACCUGGGACACUGCCCCCAGCCCAGAUCCCGGCUGUCUCAUCAGCCUCCUGCCACCUCCCCAGAAGGACCUCACUGUCUCCAACUAUGCCCAGUACUGCAUGGGGCCCGUGUCUCCUGGGGCAGAGGCCAUCUCUCUUCCAGAGAGAGGCAGCAUUGGCCCACAGGAUAUGCCUCAGGCCCCAGGAAACAUCCCCACCCCUGCACCCCCUGGGUCCAGCGCCCUCUGUAUUUACACAAAUGGAGUCAGAACUGGAAAGUGUUUCCCACCCCUGCCACCCUUGAGAGGGGUUCCCCUCAUUGUACAGAUGGGGCAGGACCCUGCACGUUGCUGGCAGAGAUGGGAUGAGAACACAUCCAAGCCAGUGCCCCCAGCCCAGCUUCCCCUCCGUUCCUAACAGUUGGCUUUCCCCCAGACGCAUGGGUCCCAGGCACCAGAGAUGAGUCUAGGGCAUCAGCUCCCUAAACCCAGGAAGGCCCCUACAGACUGGCUCCUCCAUGCACUUUACCAGCCCAAGGCAUCCACUCUCUGUUCUCUUGGUUGGGGGUGGGGGAUCCCCUUUCCCCUAAGCAGUCUCAUAAUUUUCAUUUGUGGAGAGAAUAGGGGGGUCAGAUAGGUCCUAGCAGAAGUCAUUGAGGUGAGGGAUCAUUUGGGGUCAGACAUCAGCGUUCCUGUCCCACCUAGGUCCAGCCAAGCUGCGCCCCAUCCUUCAAGCCUCCCUGGAGGACCUGGCCAAAUCUUGCAUCCUGACACAUGCCUGUCUUUAGCCUAUUUUGUGCUCUGAAAGCGAGCAGUCCUGAACAACAAAAAAAGUUUUUAAAACUGAUUUUAGAAAAAGAAGCUUAAUCUAACAUUUUCAAACACAAGGUCUCUUAACAAGUGUAGCUCCGGGAUGAUAAGCAGCAUCCCUAGCUCCUCCCCCUCACCAACCCCCAGCUGCCUCCUGAGAGUGUGGGGUCAUUAGGGUCUCAGUACUUCCUCAAGGGGCUACAUUCCCUACCAGGCAGCAUCCCAGCAGCCUGCACCACAGGUGCCCCUGGGAGGACAAGGGAAGUGCUGGUGAGAUGCUGGGCUCGCUGUCCCCUGUGGCUCUGGGACAUCUGUCCAGGAGGCUGUGCGGGUGUUCUGGUUGGGGUGGGUGGGAUGCAGGAGGUGGGGAGCACUGGCUUUGCAUGGCAGAAGAGAAGCACUAUAAGGGCAUGCCAGCCGCAUCUCAGCCCCACUACAUUCUGAGGUGAAGUCCUGCCCCUGAGUUUUGCAAAAUGGAAAUGUGGGCCCUUGCCCUAGGGCCAGGCACGUGGAUUCUCAGAGUUCUCUGGCCCUAGAAAGGCUUAGAAAAUGUGUUAAAGGACAGGAAACUCAUAAAGGCUAGCAGCACAUGGUUUUUGUAACUUUCUAUGGAUGCAGAAAUCUGCCCUACAAAAGGAUCCUCAGUGUUGCCUCUGUGAGAGCACUGCCCCCACCCAAUCUGUCACAACAGCUAGAACCAUACACCAGAGACACACUGGCAGGCUAGGCAGUCCUUCUGGUGAUCCUAUUCCAGUCCCUCCUACUGCAGUUUCUCUUGGCCUGUCCCCACUGGAAAAACAGUCUCCAUCUCUUCAAAACAACUGCUGACUCCCUGCACCCAGGGUGCCUCUCCACCCUUACUUAGGAAGCAGCUACAAGUCCAUUAUCCUUGUACUUUCUUCCUUCCUGAUUUCUGGUUGUAGCUGGUCCUGGGUCAGUGUAGGAAGCACCAUUGGUUCCCAGGGCCCAGCACUUUGUAGUCUCAUCCCAGAUGACUACCCCUUCCUGAUCCUCAAGCCUUGGAGAAGCAGGGAUGGGAAAUAAAUUGCUCUUCCUACCCCAUCCCCCAUCCCCUGACAAAAAGUGAUGGCAGCCGUACUUUGUUUGUAAGGCCCAAAGUGGGUACAGACAGCCCGGGCUGGUAAAAGUAGGUCCUUAUUUACAAGGCUGCUUUAAAGUUGUAAAAGGCAAACACUGAUAUAGGAAGCAGGAAGAAAGGAAGAUGUUUUGAUACAAUAUAACUGUGAGCCUGUCAGUAGUGGGUACCAAUCUUUUUAUGACAUAUUGUCAUGCUGACGUGUGACACUUGCUGCACUCAUAUCUGAUGCAAAACCAUCCCAGAGCUGGCGAGAGGAUGGAGCAGGGUGGAAACUGCUUUGCACUAUCAUUUGCUUCGUGUUUGUUUUUGAUGCACAACUUGCUUGUACAGUAAACUGUCUUCUGUACUAUUUAACUGUAAAAUGGAAUUUGGACUGAUUUGUUACAAUAAUAUAAGUCUGAGAUGUG